AUGACUGUUUGCAAAACCGAGGCUCUAAGAAUAGUUAAUGAGUCUCGAUGGACUGAUUUCGCAUAUCAGUCGGAGGAAGUUGUACCAGUCACUGAAGUUGCUACAGACAAUCAGACGUAUGAUCUCCAUGAUCUCGAUGAUAUACAAAUCUUUGUUGAUCUUUUGGUUGAACAACAACAAUGCGCAGGCUACGAUAAUGACCACAAGUGGAAGAAGAAAAACUCAAACUCCAACAUGUCGAAGAGGUGGUUCAAAAACGGAUACCAAAAACUGACCCAUAUCUUCUCCAAAACAGACCCGAAAAACAGAGAUUUCCCGACCCUGAAAGGCCACCCCGCCGCCCAGCAACACGCAGAGCAAGUUCUUGAAUCCCACUCAACUCUCAAACAAAAGACCCAAACCCUAAUAAAAGAGUUCAAGAUUUACAGAUGGAGCCCCGACGACCCGACCCAGAAGCAGCCUUAUCUCCAAUCCUACUUCCUCGAUCUCUCCGCCUGCGGACCCAUGGUUCUUGACGCGCUGCAGAAGAUAAAAGGAGAGGAUGAUUCGAGUUUGAGCUACAGGAGGUCUUGUAGGGAAGGAAUAUGCGGAUCGUGUGCGAUGAACAUUGAUGGGACGAACACGGUGGCGUGCCUUAAGCCGAUUGAUGCGGACACGAGUAGGGCCACUGUGAUUACUCCGCUGCCUCAUAUGUAUGUGAUCAAGGAUUUAGUUGUGGAUCUCACCAAUUUCUACCAGCAGUACAAGUCCAUCGAGCCAUGGCUUAAGACGAAGAAGCCCCCACCGGACGGCAGAGAAUACAGGCAGAGUAUAGCUGAAAGAAAGAGACUAGAUGGGCUGUAUGAAUGCAUACUAUGUGCUUGCUGCAGUACCUCAUGCCCUUCCUAUUGGUGGAACCCUGAGGAGUUCUACGGGCCGGCAGCACUGCUCCACGCUUAUCGUUGGAUUUCAGAUAGUCGGGAUGAUUAUACAGAGGAACGACUGCAGGCGUUAACUGAGGAUAAAACACGGUUGUACCGUUGCAGGACUAUAAAAAACUGCACAGCUACAUGCCCCAAGAGCCUGAAUCCCGCGAACGCCAUCAACAAGAUGAAGACGAGACAUCUGCUCUCUCAGCCGGUUGAGGAGACAGAGCAUCGAAAUCGACAGGCCAUCGGCCAGGCUUAGCACAUUCUGUGUAGGACCUGCAUAUGCAAUUUGCAGUGCAGAUAUUUGAAAGUUGUGAGGGCUUUAGAGAGGGCUUUUGAGGAUUGACACUCGGAAAAUAAUGUAAUAAUUUCAGUUGCAAUAU